UUUCAAGCGUGAAAUGAAUUUCAAUAAUGUGAAUGAAAAUACAAAAUCAGAAAUGAUGUCAUGGGCUGUUGAUAGUACCGUUGUGGUACCACCUCACUACAAAACGGAAGCUUCAAUUAUCAUUGAAGAAAUGAAUUAUCAUGGUACAUAUAGUGUCAUUUCAGUGCUAUCUGGUUUGGUAACCAUAUCAAUCAGGAGGCGAAAAGAUGGUGCCCUGGUAUUGCCAUUAACAAUGAAUAUAGUUGAAAUAUUCCGGGAUUAUUUGGAAUCACGACAUGCCAGGAAGGAAAUUAAAGCAGCUGCUAUGAUAGAGGGUGCACAAUGUGUACGGUUCUCUUUUUUAUUUCAAUAA